GCAACUGACGAUCUGGCAAGGUCGCAGUCGUUUCAUUGUGUUUUUUGUUAGUUGGAAAGUUGGUGAUUUUCACAGAAAAAAAAGUUGAUUUAAUUAUAAGCCACAUUGCGAAAAACAUAAUUUAUUUAAUUUAGUAUUAAACGACAUCUGGCAACAGAUAAAUAUUUUAAAUUCCAAAAAUUGAACACUGAUUUGCCAAGAUUCCGACCAAAGCACCUAGGACGAGAGCCGCCAAACGACGCCACCAGGACACAAAUCCCUCGUCGUCGUCGUCGUCGCCCGCGUCGCAGCCAUCGCAAGUCCAAGCCCGUGCUACAACUGCUUCCGCUCAAGUAACCAGAACAGCUCCUGCCAAGAGUCCAGAACUACCGCAGCUGGUUGAAGGCAAACGGCCGUUGCCAUCCGCCGCCAAGAUGAACCGAUCGAGCAAUGCGCAAACAACACAAAAGCCCGUUAACCUGGACGAUAUUUGGAUUGAGCUGAGCGAUGGAAUACGGCAGGUCUUCGAACAGGAGAAGUCCCUCACCCGCAGCCAGUACAUGCGCUUCUAUACGCACGUCUACGAUUACUGCACCAGUGUACCGGAUGCGCCGAGCGGUCGCAGCAGUGCCAAAUCCGGUGGUGCCCAGCUGGUGGGGAAGAAACUCUACGACCGGCUGGAGCACUUCCUUAUGACCUACUUAACCGAACUACUGACAAAGUUCAGGGCCAUUAGUGGCGAGGAGGUGCUUCUAACGCGCUACACCAAGCAGUGGAAAUCGUACCAGUUCUCAAGUACCGUGCUGGACGGAAUCUGCAACUACCUGAACCGAAACUGGGUUAAACGCGAAUGCGAAGAGGGGCAGAAGGGCAUCUACAAGAUCUACCGCCUGGCACUGGUCGCCUGGAAGGGACACUUGUUCCAGGUGCUUAACGAACCGGUCACCAAGGCGGUGCUCAAGUCAAUCGAGGAGGAGCGGCAGGGCAAGCUGAUCAAUCGAUCCCUGGUGCGCGACGUCAUCGAAUGCUUCGUCGAGCUUAGCUUUAACGAGGAGGACUCUGACGCCGAGCAGCAGAAGUUGUCCGUCUACAAGGACAAUUUCGAGAGCAAGUUUAUAGCCGACACGUACGCCUUCUACGAAAAGGAGUCGGAUGCCUUUUUGUCGACCAACACGGUGACCGAAUACCUAAAGCAUGUCGAGAACCGUCUGGAGGAGGAGCAACAGCGUGUGCGGGGCUUAAACUCGAAGAACGGACUCUCGUAUCUGCACGAGACUACGGAAGCAGCGCUCAAGCAGACAUGCGAACAGGUUCUUAUUGAGAAGCAUCUGAAGAUAUUCCACUCCGAGUUCCAGAACCUGUUGGAUGCGGAUCGAAACGAUGACCUGAAGCGAAUGUAUUCGCUGGUGGCAUUGUCACCCAAAAACUUAACAGAUUUAAAGAAUAUACUCGAGAACCACAUACUCCACCAGGGCACUGAGGCCAUUGCCAAGUGCUGCACGUCCGACGCGGCCAACGAUCCCAAGACUUACGUUCAGACCAUACUGGACGUGCAUAAGAAGUACAAUGCCCUCGUUCUGACGGCGUUCAACAAUGACAACGGAUUCGUGGCCGCUCUGGACAAGGCCUGUGGCAAGUUCAUCAACUCCAACGUGGUUACGUCUGCCAACAGUGCCAGCAAAUCGCCCGAGCUCUUGGCCAAGUACUGCGAUCUAUUGCUGAAGAAGUCUUCUAAGAAUCCCGAAGACAAGGAACUGGAAGACAACCUAAACCAGGUUAUGGUGGUGUUCAAGUACAUCGAGGAUAAGGAUGUCUUCCAGAAAUACUACUCCAAGAUGCUUGCAAAGCGUUUGGUGAACCACACCUCGGCUUCGGACGACGCCGAAGCCAUGAUGAUCUCUAAGCUGAAGCAGACGUGUGGCUAUGAGUACACCGUCAAGCUGCAGCGCAUGUUCCAGGACAUUGGCGUCUCCAAGGACUUGAAUUCCAAUUUCAAGGAGUACUUGGCCGGCAAGAACAUAACCACAGAGAUCGACUUCGGCAUCGAAGUUCUCUCGUCCGGCUCCUGGCCCUUCCAGUUGAGCAACAACUUCCUGCUACCCUCCGAGCUUGAAAGGUCCGUGCGACAGUUCAACGAGUUCUAUGCCGGCCGGCAUUCGGGCCGUAAGCUUAACUGGCUCUAUCAGAUGUGCAAGGGCGAGCUCAUUAUGAACGUUAAUCGGAAUAACACAUCCACCGUAUACACGCUACAAGCCAGCACUUUCCAGAUGUCGGUACUGCUCCAGUUCAACGACCAGCUCACCUUUACAGUCCAGCAGCUGUUGGAGAACACGCAGACGCAGCAGGAGAAUUUGAUUCAGGUAUUACAAAUACUGCUCAAGGCCAAAGUGCUAACCUCCAACGACAAUGAGAACUCUCUGACACCCGAAUCGACGGUGGAGCUGUUCCUCGACUACAAGAACAAAAAGCGUCGCAUCAACAUUAACCAGCCGCUGAAGACUGAGCUCAAGGUUGAGCAGGAGACAGUGCACAAGCACAUCGAGGAGGACCGCAAGCUGCUGAUCCAGGCGGCGAUCGUGCGCAUUAUGAAGAUGCGGAAACGACUCAAUCACACCAAUCUCAUCUCGGAGGUGCUCAAUCAACUGUCGACGCGGUUCAAGCCUAAGGUGCCCGUGAUCAAGAAGUGCAUAGAUAUACUGAUCGAGAAGGAGUAUCUGGAGCGCAUGGAGGGACACAAAGACACAUAUAGUUAUCUCGCUUAAGUUUAUGUUAAAUGUAAAACGUUCGCUGUUUCAUCUAUGCCAGCCAUUACAAUAUCAUCAAAUAUACCUAUAGAUCGUGUAGAGCCCCUCCCCAUCCCGCAAUAAACUGCCGCAUAAACAUUCACACUGUGUUAGCGAGCCAAAAAUA